CAUGAAUCCUUCCCCCCAUCGUCAGCGUGUUUUUCCUCUUUUGUAAACUCAGUCAGUAACCCUCCCUGCUUGUGUUUUUCCGUCCUCUGAGGGGAUUCAGCCAGUUCUUUCUCUCUGUUAGGUGCGGUGGUUCUGGCGGAACGGGGUGUGGGCGCCGGGCUGGCAGGGGGAGCGCCGGGCGAGACGGACUGAAAGGAGCCGGCCCGGCGCCACCUGGACCUCCGCCAGCUGCUCGGACGGGAGAAAUAGCCACAGCAGGUCGGCGUGCGAGGGAUUGUGCGGCUGAUUGCGCGAUCGUGUGCGUGCAGCGGGGAGAAGCCGUUGUUCGUGAGAGGAGGACAAACACGCAGCCAAUGGGAAUCCCACUGUGGAGCCUUUUCCAGAAGGCAUGGAGACCAUCAUCGUUGGUUUAGGCUGUUUCUGGGGCGCCGAGAGACUUUUCUGGCGGCUUCCAGGAGUCUUCAGCACACAAGUGGGCUUCGCCGGCGGCUUUACACCCAACCCCACUUCCCACGAGGUCGGCUCAGGUCUGACGGGCCACGCUGAGGUGGUGAGGGUGGUCUUCUCCCCGAAAGAUGUCGGCCUCGAGGAACUGCUCAAGCGCUUUUGGGAAAGCCGUGAUCCGACACGAGCGAGAUGCGGGUCGACAAAGAGGACAACUGUUGGGGUUCAUCCAUGAAGACGUCACCUCCACCGGAGGAGAUCCUGCUCACUGUCGCCGGGCAGAGACGCGUUGAGGGAGAGGUCGAGCCCACACGCUCCGGGGGAAAGGCAGCGAGGCCAGAAGAGGAGUGAUGCAUUUCCCCUGACUCACUCCCUUGUCUCAUCUCAUGUUUUAUUAAUAGCAUGCAGCUUACUGACUGAACACACACAAAAAAAAUCAUUUUUUGUAACAGUUAUAAGACCAAGGGACAUAAUAACUACAAACUCCAGGAUACUUUUCUUUUCUAGGAGCGCUGCUCCUUGUGCGUGACUUAAAUUUAAAUCCUUGCCAUGUCCAUUUUUUCCCCAAUUCUGGAUUCACGUGGAGCAGAAAUUCCUCUGAUUUGACAAAUGUGGCGUGUAGUGGUGGAAAGGGGCCCGCUGGCUGUGCCUUCACGCAUGGUUAAGCUCCAAUUUAUUCCGUCCACCUUCGAGUCUGGCUUUAAAGAGAAUGGAGAAAUUAAGGAAGUUCGCCCCGUUUCCCUUUCAACUGCACAGAUUCACCAGAGAUCAUUAUAUAAGGAGACGAGAAAACAUCUCGGUCGACACACAGCCCAUCCGCGUCGAUGUCGGAGCGCUUGCGGGAUUAUCAUUAACAGAUGCAUAUCCAGUUGCAUGCAAUACAUCCUUUGAAUGUGUGUGUGUGUGUGUCUGAAAGUGUGUAUGUUUUGAGAUCUGUCCCUCUCUGCUUCGCCUCAGUCCAAAAGGGUUUAGUCCCAACAACGUGAUGUGGGGCUGCGUAAACUCCACCAAUCCCAGCCUGGAUAGCAACAUUAGCAGCCAAUCAGGAACUCCCAGCAGCCUUUGCUGUGUGCCCUCUUUCCAUAUUGAGCAACACUCGUCUCAAUCUGCUGGCUUCCCUGGGAUGUUGCAUAAAGACCCCCCCAUCCAACACGCUCAUUCUAAGUUUCUUACGUCUGCAACUCUUUCGUAACAUACCUUCACACAC